AUGAGCGCCGCGAAGGGGCGACUUAUGGGGCGGCCGCCGCUGCUGCUGCUGCCGACGCUGCUGCUGCUGGUUCUCUUCCAGGGGGCUGUGGGUUUGGCCCAAGACAACUCUUCUCCAUUCUUCGGCUUCAUCGGAUUCCCCGGAGGUUCCCUGCGCAGCUUUCUUUCUCGGGGCGUUCCCCGCAGCAAAUCGGUCAGCAGCAGCGAGAGCAGCAGCAGCAGCCGGCGGGAAGUGGGGGCCUCUCGCUUCACCAGCUAUGAGGGGCCCCUCGACUCUUCUCUGGAGAAGGGCAGGGGGGGCCCCGGGGCCCACGCCAGCUGGUACGGGUGCAUGUGGCAGCAAGUGGGGGCUGAGGGAGCAGCAGGGGUGGGGCCUCUCCGUGCAGGAGAUGAUGGGCUGGUCCUCGACGCCAGCGACUACACUGAAAAGGCUUGGGAGGCGAUGGGGGCCCUGGGGUCCAUAGCGGACAAGCACGAGUCGGCCUACGUGGAGGCGGAGAUGCUGUUGCUGGCUCUGCUGCAGGAUGGCCCUGAGGGUUUGGCCCACCGCGUCUUAAGCCGCGCUGGGGUUUCUGUGGAGAAGCUCACUGAGGAGGUGGAGAGACACCUAGAAAGACAGCCGCGAAUGGCGCUGGGCUUUGGCGACCAGAAGGUCCUGGGCAGGGGGCUGCAACAGGUCCUUGCCUCUGCGCAGCGUUUUAAGAGGGAGUUCAGAGAUGAGUACCUGUCUGUGGAGCACCUGCUGCUGGGUCUGGCUGCGGAGGACGCGAAGUUCCUCCGGCCAGCGCUUCAAAGGCAAGGCGUGAGUUUCAACAAAAUCAAAGAGGCGGUGGUGGAGGUGCGGGGUAAGAAGAGGGUCAAUACUAAGAACCCCGAGAUGGCUUACCAGGCCUUGGAGCGAUAUUCGAAAGAUCUGACGGCGGAGGCAAGAGCUGGCAAACUGGACCCUGUGGUGGGCAGAGACGACGAGAUACGGCGAGUGAUUCAGAUUCUUUCACGGAGAACUAAGAACAACCCCAUACUGUUAGGAGACCCUGGUGUUGGCAAGACAGCCAUUGUUGAGGGCCUCGCCCAAAGGAUCGUAUCUGGAGAUGUCCCGGACUCACUCAAAGGCAGGCGCGUGCUCGCACUGGACAUGGGCGCACUUGUUGCCGGGUCUAAGUACCGCGGUGAGUUUGAAGAGCGGCUGAAGACCGUGUUGAAGGACGUGCAGGACGCCGAGGGCGACGUCGUCCUUUUCAUUGAUGAGAUCCACACGGUUGUCGGCGCAGGGGCCUCAUCAGAAGGCGCUAUGGAUGCAGGCAAUCUUCUGAAGCCCCUCCUAGCAAGAGGAGAGCUUCGCUGCAUCGGGGCGACAACCACGCAAGAGUAUCGCCAGCAUAUUGAGAAGGACAAGGCCCUUGAGCGGCGAUUCCAGCGCGUCCUGAUAGACGAGCCUCAGGUGGAGGCGACAGUGAGCAUUCUCAGAGGCCUAAAGGAGCGCUAUGAAGUUCAUCACGGUGUCCGUAUUCUGGACUCUGCACUCGUGGAGGCAGCCAACCUCGCGAGCCGCUACAUCACGGAUCGCUUCUUGCCGGAUAAGGCGAUCGAUCUUGUGGAUGAAGCGGCUGCACGUCUGAAGAUCCAAGUGAGCAGCAAACCCAUACAGUUGGAUAGGCUGGACAGGCUGCUGCUGCAGCUGGAAAUGGAGCGCAUCUCAAUCUUGGGAGACAGCAAGGCCAGAGCCCUGGAUGAGCAAGAGAAGCUACGCCUCCGGGCGGUGGAGAGUCAAAUUGAGAGAUUGCAGGCGCAACAGGCGACGCUUACCGACGCCUGGAACAAAGAAAAGAGUCAAGUGGAUGCUAUAAGAGCAAUUAAGGAACGCAUUGACGUCGUCAAGGUAGAGGUUGAAAGGGCAGAGAGAGAGUUUGACCUCAACAGAGCAGCAGAACUUCGAUUCGAGACUCUGCCUGAUCUUGAGCGGCAAUUGCAAGAGGCGGAGGCGCAGUAUAAGGCGGCGCAUGCAGAGGGCCGGCGUCUGCUGCGGGACGAAGUGACGGCAGAUGAUAUAGCUGGGGUAGUGGCGGUUUGGACAGGAAUCCCACUGACUAGGCUGAAGGAGUCUGAGCGGGAGAAGCUUUUGAACCUUAAAGAUCGACUGCAUGAGCGUAUUAUAGCCCAAGAUAAAGCAGUUUCUGCGGUGGCGGAGGCCAUCCAAAGAUCCCGCGCAGGCCUCAACGACCCGAACCGCCCGAUUGCUUCUUUGUUCUUCCUGGGCCCCACUGGCGUUGGCAAGACGGAGCUCUGCAGGGCCCUCGCGGAGGCCCUCUUUGCCUCGGAGGAUGCGAUUGUGCGGAUAAAUAUGAGCGAGUACAUGGAAAGACACAGUGUAUCUCGACUUAUUGGGGCUCCACCUGGCUACGUGGGGUUCGAGCAGGGAGGACAGUUAACUGAUGCUGUCCGCAAGAAGCCAUAUUCUGUCAUUCUUUUUGAUGAGAUGGAGAAGGCCCACCCAGAGAUAUUCAACGUGUUGCUGCAGCUGCUGGACGAAGGCCGACUGGCGGACAGCAAGGGCAACGUGGUUAAUUUCAGAAACUGUGUCGUGAUCUUUACUUCAAACAUAGGCGCAGAUGCUCUCCUUGAAAGCGCUGGGGACCCCUCUAAGAAACAAGCUGUUGAAAAGAAAGUCAUGCAGACAGUGCGUGACACUUUACGGCCAGAGUUUUACAACCGCAUCGAUGAGUUCGUUGUGUUUGACGCCCUCACCAAACAACAAAUCAAGGAGGUUGUACGGUUGGAGAUGGAGCGUGUGGCGGAUCGCUUGUUGGAAAAGAAGAUCAAGCUUAAAGUGGACGAGUCGGCCCUGGUUCAUCUGGCAGACACAGGCUACGACCCCGCGUACGGGGCUCGCCCGUUGAAGCGCCUGAUUCAAAGGCUGGUGGAAACGCGCAUAGCGCAGCUGCUGCUGCAGGGCAGCCUGCAGGAGCUGGACACUGUGACAGUCAAGAGUGAGAACAACACUCUUCUGUUUUCCGUCUCCAGCGCUGCCACGGGGGAGACCACGGACUACCCAGCUUCCCCUGCACCCACGCCGGCUUCUCCCAGCAGCGCAGCAACGGAGCAGCAGGCAACCCUGGCAGCGCCUCCCGCAGCAGCAGCACAAGUGCCGGCAAUAGCACCAGAGAAUGCUGCUGCCACUGACACGCGGGCACAAGUGGUCACGCAGGAACCGCUGGUCCCAACUUCAUGA